UUCCACCCUUGACCAACGAUGAAUGAAACCCCUUCGUUGAGUUGAUUGCCAUGGCGACCACGUGUAACAAACACAUGAAGCUCCCAGCCUGCUACGGCACAUCCCAUGGUCAGUUCCGCAGGCUUAGUCAGCAAUUUGAUUCUGUUUGAGCAGCAAGAAAAAAACUCGAACUCGAAACGAGUUUUUCCUUUCUUCUUUUUUUCGGUGAUAAAGUUUUGGAAGUGUCCACAAUGGCCGACGACAACUCGUGGGUGUUCGACUCGCUGGUUUGCUUCCUGCACGGCCCGGUCUGGAACGCUCCGCUGCAGACCUUCAUCGAGGACAAAUCGAUAAUUUUCGACCCUAACCUCAAACCGGACGAGCAAAAUCCGGAGUUCCGGCGGGUUCACGACGAGUACAAGAACCUGGUGGACUACAUGCUCGGCACGUUCAUGGACGAGAUGCACAUUACGCCGGAACAGUUUGAGUUUGCCUGCCUGGAGGGUCGGAACUCGGCGGCCAUGUCCGGGGCGUCUCCGAGUCGGGCUGAAGGAGGUGGAGGGGAUGCCAACACGUUCUCCUUUCACCAGGGGCUGUUUCAGCAGAUUUGGGCCGCGAAUGACAUUCGGAUUUUCAUCCGAAUGAUGACGCAGCGGAACGUGGAGAUUCAGCUGCAGGCGCUGGACCUGAUCGAGAGGAGACAGGCCUCGCAGGUUUCGCAGGACGGUGGGGAGGGAGGACCGGAGGAGGGAGAGGGGAGGGAGGAAAGGGGCGCAGACACCGAGGUGGAAAUUGAGCAGCACAUCAUCAAGUCGGUGGACGACGAGGUGAAAGAAAACCCGAUGGCCGCCGGGUCACUGGUGCCCAAUGGACCCGUCGGGGAGGACGGAACAACGCUGGGCGAGGUGGCGGAAACGAGCGACAAGUUUCAGCGGCUUAACUUGUUCUUUGAUCAGGAUAAGGUCAACAACGACGACAUGCGCGUCCGGCAGGAGUAUCUGCGAGCCCAGCGGGACAAGAUCCUGCAAAUCAAGAAGCAGGCCCGGGCCCGCCAGCUCAACGAGACCAUCCGGAAGAAUCCGGCGGAACGGCCGGCGUCGGCCCAGGUCGCGCAGAAGAUCUUGGAGGGUGGUCCGGACGGUACCGAGCCACCGGAAUCCUCGAUGCAGCUGCGCAAAAUGCUCGCCCAGAGAUUACGCAACGAGGUGAUUGAAAAGGAUUAGUUUGGUGGCGGUUGGCUUAUGUUUUUGGUGAAUUGAACAUUCUAAAUGUAUACUUUCUAUGCUUAAUGUUUCGCAACAAUACUCGUGAAGAUUAAAGUUGUUUCAUUGCCGUACAAUUUUUGGGAGCUGUGAUAUCCGAACCGUCCAUGAACAACGACACCCAGCUGUCACUUAAUUUAUUUAUUUCCUUUUCUUCCAUUAAAAUGCUUAAGUUUUACUAAAUUGUCAAACAUGUGGUUUUCUUCCUCUUCUUCUUUUUCUUUGCCCUUUUCGGCUGUAGCUUACCAUCGACCACGUUUUACUUUUACUUGUUUUUUUUCUGACGUUCUCUUUUUUAAGUUGUUGUUUCAUUUUAAUUAAGUUAGUUUUUCCACCUCCUCCUCAUUAGUGUUCAAUAUCAAAAAGAAUGCACAAAGAAUUGUUACCGUUUUUUCCCGUUCAAGUUGUCACUUGUUUCGUUUGUUCUGUUUCAUGUAUUGUUUUUAAUUUGCGAAGAUUUUUUACGUGACAUUCUAUUUCUUUCUGUGUUGUUGUUGUUGUAUAUUCCUCCUACUGUAAGUGUUGAAUGUUUUUCAUUUAUCAAAUGUUUUAUGUUGUUUUUUUUCUUUACCCUUUCUCUAACAACUUUGCACAUUGUUAUAUAUUUGUGUGAUUUUCGCCAAGUUUUCUGUUUUUUUCUUCUCAUCUACUUAAUGAAUACGCGUUAAUUUUAGUUUGUUUUAGCCUUCUCCGGUUGCUUCGCGCAUUUUUCUUUUGUUUAUUUAUGUUUUGCUUGCCUGCUUUCCUACUCGCGCCCUUUUAAAAAAAAUCAGAGGUUUUCUUAGUUUAGCAAGCGCUCUGUGUAGAUGUCACCUUAACUGUAGAAGAUUAAACGUCAAACCGAAAGGUGGCAUGCUGCGAUCUGAAAAGAAUCAUGACUUUUUGGGAUUUUGGUUUUUUUUCAGUGUUAUUUCUUGCUUUAUAUAUUUUUGUCUCACUAUUUUGAGUGGUGGUGUGAAGCGAUAGUAGUAAUUAAUAGUAGUAGUAGUAGUAGCAUUGUUUACAUCACAACUUGGGUUUUGCGUGUCUGCGUUUGCGUUUGCGUGUGGGUGUGUGUGUUUGUUUUCUUCUAACCUUUGAACAUUCAAAGCACUGUGCACGGUUCACCUAAAAUACUCGCUUGCGUGGAUUUAUUUGGUUUGCUCCGAUUUGGCUGUCAAACUGACAGUUUGACAGUUUUAGUUUUGCUUCUGUAGCUUCAUUUGACGUUUUCUCUCAGCUCUUACGCUCGCUAUCGCUAUAUAAAUACUGAUGGCCUACUACGAUUAGUGAAAAGUGCUCUUGUUAUGUUUUUUUGUUUGUUUGUUUAUAUUUCAUUUUACUAGUAGUUGUUGAAUCUGUACUAUUACUUGCGAAAAUAAGGCUUUUUACAACAAUGUUUUACGAUUCUGAAGUGUUUUUAUGGCUUUCUGUUGGUUAGUUUCUUAUAUUUCCUCUUGUUUAUCUUACUUAGCUUCACCAAUUUCUCAUUACACAACACAAAUAUGCUUACGGCUGACGGACAAUCGACAGAAAAGUCGCACAAAGUGUAAAAAGAUAUUUUUUUAUUUGGAUUUUUUACAAAAUUGUGAAGAAAAACUUCUCACUUUCAGAGGCGGAAUAUCGAAUUAUCAAAAAUAUCAAUCUGUAUGAGUCAAAUAAAUUCAUAAUUCGUUUUAUUCACAAACAUUGUUUAUUUGCGGAAAGUGACAGCUAUUGUUAUCGAAAUGUUGUUGUUUUUGAAAAUGUCGGAAUUGAUUUUUUUUUCAAUUCCUUUUUACCGAUUAUUCAUGCAUGAGAGGAGAGCGAUUGGUCCUCUUCUGAAGUUCUCUCUCAGUGAGCGCCAAAAGAAAUAUUUUUUUGCUCUACAUGAGAAAGAGUGGAAAACAUGCUGCAAACUGACAGUACAGCCGGUUGACAAAUAGAAAAAAAUGCGUUUUUGACCGUUUCACGUGAAUAUAUUUUGCAAUGAAAUGUUUUCUCUGAAAAAUGAGCAGUUGUUUCAAACACAAGUUUUGUUAAUUUAUUUUUUCUUACAGACAAACAGACUUAAAUCAUUGAAUAUUUUUAUGUAUUAUUCAUCAAUAACAUCUCACGAGAGCCAU